AGCGUUCUCUCUGCGGGGGGAGGGGAGGCUAAUGGCGUAGCUUCCGCUAUGCGCCCCGCCCCCUCCCAGCCCCGUUUCCGGUCUUGCUAAGGGGGGCGGGGGAGGGGUGACGGUCAGAGUCGAGUGGCUGCGCGCGGGCCUGCAGCGACCCGCUCCCCUCGCUCUUGAGGAGGAUGGAAAUCCACAUGAGGUUGGGUUACUGCACGAGAAUGCAAAAGUUAAACUGAGUAAUUUCACUGACCAGAGUUGGUUGUAAAUCAAAAAGUUAAGCAAAUACUAAUACUGAAAGAAAAUCAGAUGUUAAAACUAUUUUUAAUAAUCUAAAGUAGUAAUAGCAAUCCAGAUGGAGAAUUUUUUAAAAAAUUGUAUCCUGAUCUUGUACUCUUUGUUGUUCUAUUGAUCUCUGAAGGUCGGGGCUUGAGCCCUGCUGGAUAGAAAAGCUGUCUUUUCACAGCCAUGCUAACUGCGGGAUGAAGCUAGAGGCUGUUGUUGAGCAGCUGCAGAAGCAGCAGCAGCAACAGCAGCAAGGUCCUCUGCAGAUGGAUUCCAGAGAGAGACAGCAGAGGCAAAUGAGAGAAACCCAGCUGCUUUAUACUCAGCAGCUAGCAGCACAGCAGGCUGUUCUAGCAGCCACAUCUGGCAGGGCUUCGGGCAGCCAAGCACUUGGUCCUUUGGCCAAAGUUCCACCUGUAAUUGGGGCCACCCGAGCUUUUGAUCAGAGCAGUGUGACCUCAGAACCGGAAGAGGAUGAAGAAGAGGAUGAAGAGGAAGAGGGUUUGGAAGAUGGAGAUCUUGAGGAGGACACCGAAAUGACUGGGAAAGAUGCCUGUUCUACUUUGAAGUAUUUUCAUUCUCAAAAAGUUUCCCAUCACAACCAAAGAGUGGCUGCUACUUCGAAUCCUCUUCCAGCCCCAGGACUUCAGCGGGGACAGCAGGAAAAGGAGGAGCAGGGUAAAGACACUACUAAACAAUCAUAUUCUGGUUCCCCAUCUGGGCGGCAGACCUGGAGAAUGGAUGAGCAGCUCAAGCAGAAUGGAAGUCUGACUUGGAGUGAAGAAGCUGACGGAGGCCGAGGAAGAGAAAUCUCUCGAGAUUUUGCCAAGCUGUACGAACUGGAUAGUGACCCUGAACGGAAGGCGUUCCUGGAUGACCUCUUCAUCUUUAUGCAAAAGAGAGGAACUCCCAUCAAUCGGAUCCCCAUCAUGGCGAAGCAGAUCCUGGAUCUCUAUAUGCUCUACAAACUGGUGACUGAGAAGGGAGGGCUGGUGGAAAUCAUAAACAAGAAAAUAUGGCGGGAGAUCACCAAAGGCCUUAACCUGCCCACCUCCAUCACCAGUGCAGCGUUUACACUUCGGACCCAGUAUAUGAAGUACUUAUAUGCCUACGAAUGUGAGAAGAAGUCCCUAAGCUCUCCUGCCGAGCUGCAGGCUGCGAUCGACGGCAACAGGCGGGAAGGCCGACGGCCCAGCUACAGCUCCUCCUUGUUCAGUUAUUCACCCACUGCCACGGGGCCUCCUUCCCUCCUGUCUCCUCCAAAGAUUCGCUUCCCGAUCAUUGGCCUGGCCCCAGGCAGUGGAACCAGCAACUCCCGUCUCUCUCCAGUGGCAGCUCUCAGGAAAGGCGAUGGCAUCCCCCUGACUGUGUCCAUGCCAAAUCGCAUUGCCAUGCCAGUAUCCUUGGCUAACCAGCAGGCAACUGUAGCAGCAAGAACAGCCACUCUGGAACAGCUGAGGGAGAGGCUGGAGGCUGGAGAGCCACCGGAGAAGAAACUCUCGCGGAUGACGGAGGAGGAGCAGCGGCUUGUCCAGCAGGCACUUCAGCGCAACCUGUUCAGCAUGGCGCGGCAGAUCCCCAUGAAGAUCAAAAUCAAUGGCAGGGAAGAUAAACCAGAUGCCACGGCGGCGGCAGCAGCAGCAGCAGCAUUGCAUUUGUCACCCAGCGGCAUUGGGAGUAUUAACAUGUCUGUGGAGAUUAACGGCACAAUCUAUGCUGGAGUACUGUUUGCCCAGAAGCCCGUCGUCCAUCUAAUUGCAGGAUCCAGCACCCAAAGCACCUGCAGUAGCAGCAGCAGCUCCCACUGCUCCCCUAGUCCGACCUCGUCCAGGGGCACCCCCAGCGCAGAGCCCUCAACCAGCUGGUCUCUCUGACGGAUGGGGGAGCGGGCUCUCUCUCUCAUUGGCUUCAGGCAGCUCUGCCCUCUCCGUUCAAGGCAGAGAGCGAGCCAGGAAGGAGUCGCACAGAUUACCUCAUCUCAAGGAACCUGCUUUGCGGUUGGUCAAUGGCCGGAUGAUGAAACCUUCUGUGCUGGCGCAUUUGCAUUGCCUGUUUGUCCAGCCUUUUUUAUUAUUUUUUCAGGUUUGACUGUGUUCCUGCUGGGGGGUUGGGGCGAAGGGAAGGGGACAUGGGGCAUUUUUCAAUCAGGGAUUAUCUCUAGGGGCUCUGGGUUUGCAGAUGACUGAGACAUCAUCAUGGCAGGUGGAAGGAGCAAGGAGGUAGUAAUUGGGGUGGAGGAAGGGUUCCUGUUCUCUAAUCAACAGAUGUGUGAACUUCCCUAUCAUAACACAGUUUAUUGACAAUCCUACCCCCAGAGGGACUUUGGUCUCCUUUCCCCUUAUAUUUGUUCCCUCUUGCGGUCACUUGCAGAGCAGUCGUGCAGAUUGAUAGCGAGCAAGUCUCAUCUGGUCACCCAUUCUGUCUCCACUGUGUUCAGCCUCCUGAUGCUGUCUCCUUUGUGUUAGACUAGGCUGAAAGGCAAAUGGUCACUGAUGCUGGAUUCACAGGAGACUUGCAUGACUUCUUCCUCCUUUGGCAACUACCUCUCUAGGGUCCUGGCAGCACACAGAGGACUCUCCCACCUCUGUAUCUGAUACACGGAGAUGGAGAAGGUCUUUUAGUCCAGCUAGUCGUCUCCCAUGGCCAGUGCAAGCCUGGACCCUACUGUUUUUUCCAGGCCUUUGCCCAGCCUAGUUUUAAAUGCCCCAAGCAGUGGCCCUUGCACUGCUUCCCUUGGGGGAGCAUUGGACAGGCUAAAUAAACUCACCACUGAAGCCUUUAUCCUGAUAGUCAUCCUGACUUUUCUUUUGCUUGAUGUCAUCCCUUUGCUCCUAGUUCUAGCCCCUUGGCCCUCGAUAGAACUGGGUUUGCACCAAAUGGUGAUUUCCUGCAGUGCUUCCUCUCCUGUAUGUUUCAUUAGCCUCUCCAUCCUGUCCCCACACAGACAUGUCGGCUACGGGCCACUGUCACCCAAAGGAGAUAUGAGGUGACUCUGACAAUCUGCUGAGCUGUGUGUGUCUGUUCAUGUAAUACACGCUUUUCUCAGUCGGGCUCUUACCAGGUAUCUUGGCGCAUUGGCCGAAUCACAGCCAUCGUUCAUGAGGCUCACCUGGGCAAAAGAGACAGAAGAGCCGGACCUGGGACAGCUCCACAUGGGUGCAACCCAGUUGAAUGACGACACGGGCCUCUGGUUGUGGAGAGAGGGAAGAAAAUCUCCCCCCAUUCCCAGUAAAUUCCCAAUGGGUGGAGCUAGCGCUGCUUUAGGCCAUCAUUCCUCCUUUGUCAGCCAAGUUAGUUCCUUGGCUCACUUCCAUAGACCCAGCUCUUUGCUGCUGCACUCCCCUCACACAGGCACCCGUGCUGUCCUCUCCCCUCCCGCAGCACAUAGGACUGCCCGGGCGAUGUUCUCUCAGCCUGUGGAUCUGAGCCCUCCCACUCCCGCCCUGGUGAUGUCUCUUCCAUCGUGAGGCCUGAGUCAGGUUCUUUUGAGCAGAUGAAAUACCUCAGAUAUGGACUUGUUAUUGUGUUACCUCUUCAGGAAGUAUUGGCAUAUCUUAAAGCUUGUUUUUAUAUGUGUUUUGCUGACUUUGUUUUUAAUUUUUAUUUUUUAUUGUAGCACCAAAGACAACAAAGCUGAGUGAAGGAGCAUGUGGCUUCCCUGUCCUUAGGAUAGCCUGGAGACAGUUCCAGCAGCAUUGACCCAGGAGCUGGGCAUGCGGACAGGGCGAUAGAGGAGGACAGAUGCAGGUAGAGAAGGAGUAAGAGGGCAGAUUUAUUUCUCAGGCUGGCUUGAGUUUCAGGAUUUCCCCUCAGUGUGAAUAGUGGGGUGUCCCCAGAGGGGGACAAGUGGUCCCAAUGUUUGUUACAGAACUCUGUGAUCUACUACUGGGCUUAUCUUUAGCAAGUUUCAUUAGAACAGCUUUGAAGAUAACAAUCCUGUCUACACUACAGAUUUUGCUAGACCUCUUACAGCACGGCAGUUCCUGACAUGUUAAAGUACAGUUCACUCUUCUAGUGUGGGCAGGACCAGACACCUGAAUUGUGCUGCAGCUUUGGAUUUUACUGGUAGGAUUCGGUCACAUAGAUAAAAAUACACCUGAGUCCUGUUUAUGCAAUGAGACCAAACCACGUUGUGUGCUACUGUAUUGUACCCAAAUGGUGCAUUGUGGUAGUUUUUCAUGGAGCAGAUAGGACCUAAAUACUGGAAGGUGUUCUAGGUUCUGCUUUCACUUAUGUUGUAGAAGCCUAUGUUACCAAUCUCUGCAACCAUCCCCAUAUUUAGGGGGUUGAAAUACAAUUUGGUAA